ACAAAAAAAGAAACCAAGCACGGAUCAAGUUAACAAAUACUCCGAAUUUUUCUUGGGACUCCGUAGUCCGUUCUCUACGUAUCUACGCCACCGUCCCCACUGCCCACUCACCGCACUCCCGUCUUCUCUCUAGAGAGGAGGUCGUCCAUAGAGGCAUCCUUGCUGUAGUCCACGCUAUCCAUCUUUGCCCCGCCGGCCUGCCGCUCCUCUGUUUUUUUCCGCCGGAACGAAAGCCGUUCAUCCAAGCUGUGCGCCCAGGAAGUGAACUGGAUUUUUGAGAAACCGAGACCGAUCCUCUUCUCCAAUAGCUCAUCGGUUGAAAUCUUCAAUUGGACUCAUGGAAGCAUAUUUGAUGAGGGUCGAGAUGGAAGCCUUCUGAUUCUCGUUUCUUGAAGAAAUUCAUCUGUAAAAAUUCCCAAGAGUCGCACUACAACUUAAUGCUGUUAGGAUAUUAAGUGGUCCAGAUGCAAUGGGAAGAAGUAAUUGAAUUUUUUUUUUUUUUUUUCUGAAACUAUUAAUCUUAUCCAGGGGUGUUUAUCUAGUAACUGUUCUAUAAACCACACAAAUUCUUGAGAUAACAUGCCAGAUCCAGUUGAGAAUCAAUUAUCAAAUCCAGGCAUGAAUGCUCCUAGUUUCAGUGAUUGGGAUCCAGGUGAGUCCAAUUCAUCUCGAAAUGUACAUAGCCAUGUCCAUGGGAGUAAUUUGGAAGUAAGGCAUGGUUGGUCUUCAUCGUCAAGCAAUUAUGUUGUAGCUGAUCCAAUGUCUGAGGAACGAGAAUUUGACUCUUCCAGUGGUCUCCUUCACGAGAACUGUAGCAAUGUUUAUGGUGGCAGUCACCCAAUUGGCAGAACUAUUACGCAUCAUUCUAGUUCUAAUUGCAGCCAUGGGAAUGUUAGUUUAAGUGGUCCAUAUCACAAUUUCAGUGGCCCACAGGUCACAAGAACAUGUGCACCUCUUGGUCGUAAUAAGGCAGUUGGAUCAGAAACCGACCUUCUUCCUGCUUUUGCUUCUUCUGAUAAUGGAGGUACCUCUUCAUACAAUUCUGGUGAUUUGAUGGGAAACCAUGAUAAUGAUUCAGAUUCUUCUUUGGGCACCUGGGGUUUUGCCUGCAAGCGGAAGGCCCUUGAAGUUAGCUCUGAAAAGUUGUGUGCAGGUGGAAGUUCGAGCUCCAAUCCCCGAGCUGAGAACAUUACACUGCACAAUGUUCCUUCUCAUUAUAAUGCUUCUAGCAGCUUAAAUAUAUUUUUGCCCUCCAAUGCUGGUGUCUCGGAACAAGCCAAUUCAAGAAAUGGAAUUAGUAGAAGAUUAUCAGCUGGUGAUGAAUUCCCACCUUCAAGUGUUAACGGGAUUGCAGAGAGCUCUACAAGAAACUUUCAUGCAACCGAGAACAUUGCAAAUCCAGAAUCAGUUUCAUUUGGCUUACCACCAAUUGGAGCUACUGUAGGGCCUUCUGAUGCUAUCACUACCAAUGUGCCGCCCAGACAUUUCUCUAUAACUAGUUCUUCAGACUUGAGGCAUCCAUUAUCACUAACAAUGAAUUCAAGUAACUCUGCAAAUCAGCCUCCUUCAAUGGCAUCUACUAGUCCUCAAAGGAGUGCACGUUCGAUUCCCUGGAAUGGAUCUCGUGAUUCAAGAAGUGGCAAUUGUGCAAGUUCUAGUUCACGUUCCGCAGAAAGUAGUGCUACAGUUCGAGAUGAAACUAGCUUUAGAAGCUCCUUUAGAAAUAAUGGUGCGCGUGUUAGGUAUUUCUCUGCUACUGAGACAAGAAAUCUGGUACAGGAUGCUGAUAACUGGAAUUCAGAUAUUCUAAUCUCCUCUCAAAACCAACCUUCUGGUUCUGGAAUUGGCCCCAGCUCUAGUUCACAGACAUUUCCCACAACCUGGGAUACUAAUCAGAACCCAACUACUAGCACUAGCAGCCAUCAAAGAUUGUCAGAUUAUCCUUGGAGUUUUUCCCUACCUGCAGGAUCUGAUCCAGGAAGCCAGGAUGGAGGUCAUCUUUUACUGCCAUCAUGGGCGAGUACUUCCUCAGAUGAUCCAUUUUCACCACUGCCCUGGGCUAGUACUUCGACAGAGGAGCCAGUGAUGUCAUCCAGACCCCGCAGGAGGGGUAAUCGCCAACCAUAUCUUCGGUCAACUAUGACAUCAGAGGUUUCAGGUGACAAUCAUGGUCCAUGGCGUGCAUUAGCUUCUGAUUUUGAGGGCAGACACAGAGUGGCAUCUGAGAUUCGUGAAGUACUUAAUGCUAUGCGAAGAUCUGAGAACUUCCAGCCUGAGGAUUACACAGUGUUCAAUCCGUUUAUCAACGGGGUUGGUGACUCACACGAUAGGCAUAGAGAGAUGAGGCUUGAUGUGGUUAACAUGUCUUAUGAGGAAUUGCUGGCACUGGAAGAACGCAUAGGGAAUGUGAACACGGGAUUGAGUGAGGCCACCAUUCUGGGAUCUAUGAAACAGCGGAAAUAUGAUUCUUUCUGUGGAGGAUUAUCAUCCGACUUGGAGCCAUGUUGUAUAUGUCGGGAGGAAUAUGUAACUGCAGAUGACAUUGGGAUAUUAGGGUGUGGACAUGAGUUCCAUACAGAUUGCAUUAAACAGUGGCUAAUGCUCAAGAAUCUAUGUCCAAUCUGCAAGACAACUGGCUUGGAAACCUGACAUGCUGGCACUUCAUUCUGAAUUCAUAUACCUACCACCUCCCCAACCCCCCCCCCCCCCCAACCCACCCAAAAAAGAAAAGAAAAAUGAAAAAAAAAAAAAAAAUUCAAGUCUCAUGUGGAGAAGACUGUCUAUACUAUGCAUGCAGUCUGAAACAUCUUUUCUUAUUUCUCAAGGGAUUGGAGAAUGGGAAAUAAACAUUUGCUGGACUAAUGUUUCCUAUUAAACUGUUUAGCAGCAAUAAUUUUUUAGUUUUGAUGAUUCCUAAGUCUUCCUUUGUUUAUUUA